AUGAAACUCUGCAACAGCGUGGGUAUCUCAAGAAGGCACCAUCCUUCACUAAAAACCCCCAACACCCAGAACGUGCCCUCUUCUAAUUGCUCCCAUCAGAAAAGAGUUCAUCUUGACUAUCAACCACCCAUCUACACCAAUACUACAUUACACUACAUCUACACCAAUACUACAUUAUACUACUACAUCUACAUCUACACCAAUACUACAUUAUACUACAUCUACAUCUACACCAAUACUACAUUAUACUACAUCUACAUCUACACCAAUACUACAUUAUACUACAUCUACAUCUACACCAAUACUACAUUAUACUACUACAUCUACAUCUACACCAAUACUACAUUAUACUACAUCUACAUCUACACCAAUACUACAUUAUACUACAUCUACAUCUACACCAAUACUACAUUAUACUACUACAUCUACAUCUACACCAAUACUACAUUAUACUACAUCUACAUCUACACCAAUACUACAUUAUACUACAUCUACAUCUACACCAAUACUACAUUAUACUACUACAUCUACAUCUACACCAAUACUACAUUAUACUACAUCUACACCAAUACUACAUUAUACUACAUCUACAUCUACACCAAUACUACAUUAUACUACAUCUACAUCUACACCAAUACUACAUUAUACUACAUCUACAUCUACACCAAUACUACAUUAUACUACUACAUCUACAUCUACACCAAUACUACAUUAUACUACAUCUACAUCUACACCAAUACUACAUUAUACUACUACAUCUACAUCUACACCAAUACUACAUUAUACUACAUCUACAUCUACACCAAUACUAUAUUAUUCUACAUCUACACCAAUACUACAUUAUACUACAUCUACACCAAUACUACAUUAUACUACAUCUACACCAAUACUACAUUAUACUACAUCUACAUCUACACCAAUACUACAUUAUACUACAUCUACACCAAUACUACAUUAUACUACAUCUACAUCUACACCAAUACUACAUUAUACUACUACAUCUACAUCUACACCAAUACUACAUUACACUACAUCUACACCAAUACUACAUUAUACUACAUCUACAUCUACACCAAUACUACAUUAUACUACAUCUACAUCUACACCAAUACUACAUUAUACUACUACAUCUACAUCUACACCAAUACUACAUUAUACUACAUCUACACCAAUACUACAUUAUACUACAUCUACACCAAUACUACAUUAUACUACAUCUACAUCUACACCAAUACUACAUUAUACUACAUCUACACCAAUACUACAUUAUACUACAUCUACACCAAUACUACAUUAUACUACAUCUACAUCUACACCAAUACUACAUUAUACUACAUCUACACCAAUACUACAUUAUACUACAUCUACAUCUACACCAAUACUACAUUAUACUACUACAUCUACAUCUACACCAAUACUACAUUACACUACAUCUACACCAAUACUACAUUAUUCUACAUCGACACCAAUACUACAUUAUACUACAUCUACACUAAUACUACAUUAUACUACAUCUACACUAAUACUAACAUUAUACUACAUCUACACCAAUACUACAUUAUACUACAUCUCUACACCAAUACUACAUUAUACUACAUCUACAUCUACACCAAUACUACAUUAUACUACUACAUCUACAUCUACACCAAUACUACAUUAUACUACAUCUACAUCUACACCAAUACUACAUUAUACUACAUCUACAUCUACACCAAUACUACAUUAUACUACUACAUCUACAUCUACACCAAUACUACAUUAUACUACAUCUACAUCUACACCAAUACUACAUUAUACUACAUCUACAUCUACACCAAUACUACAUUAUACUACUACAUCUACAUCUACACCAAUACUACAUUAUACUACAUCUACAUCUACACCAAUACUACAUUAUUCUACAUCUACACCAAUACUACAUUAUUCUACAUCUACACCAAUACUACAUUAUACUACAUCUACACCAAUACUACAUUAUACUACAUCUACACCAAUACUACAUUAUACUACAUCUACAUCUACACCAAUACUACAUUAUUCUACAUCUACAUCUACACCAAUACUACAUUAUACUACAUCUACACCAAUACUACAUUAUACUACAUCUACACCAAUACUACAUUAUUCUACAUCUACAUCUACACCAAUACUACAUUAUUCUACAUCUACACCAAUACUACAUUAUACUACAUCUACACCAAUACUACAUUAUACUACAUCUACACCAAUACUACAUUAUACUACAUCUACAUCUACACCAAUACUACAUUAUACUACAUCUACAUCUACACCAAUACUACAUUAUACUACAUCUACACCAAUACUACAUUAUACUACAUCUACACCAAUACUACAUUAUACUACAUCUACACCAAUACUACAUUAUACUACAUCUACAUCUACACCAAUACUACAUUAUACUACAUCUACAUCUACACCAAUACUACAUUAUACUACUACAUCUACAUCUACACCAAUACUACAUUAUACUACAUCUACACCAAUACUACAUUAUACUACAUCUACAUCUACACCAAUACUACAUUAUACUACAUCUACAUCUACACCAAUACUACAUUAUACUACUACAUCUACAUCUACACCAAUACUACAUUAUACUACAUCUACAUCUACACCAAUACUACAUUAUACUACAUCUACAUCUACACCAAUACUACAUUAUACUACUACAUCUACAUCUACACCAAUACUACAUUAUACUACAUCUACAUCUACACCAAUACUACAUUAUACUACAUCUACAUCUACACCAAUACUACAUUAUACUACUACAUCUACAUCUACACCAAUACUACAUUAUACUACAUCUACACUAAUACUACAUUAUACUACAUCUACACCAAUACUACAUUAUACUACAUCUACAUCUACACCAAUACUACAUUAUACUACAUCUACACUAAUACUACAUUAUACUACAUCUACACCAAUACUACAUUAUACUACAUCUACAUCUACACCAAUACUACAUUAUACUACAUCUACAUCUACACCAAUACUACAUUAUACUACUACAUCUACAUCUACACCAAUACUACAUUAUACUACAUCUACAUCUACACCAAUACUACAUUAUUCUACAUCUACACCAAUACUACAUUAUUCUACAUCUACACCAAUACUACAUUAUACUACAUCUACACUAAUACUACAUUAUACUACAUCUACACUAAUACUAACAUUAUACUACAUCUACACCAAUACUACAUUAUACUACAUCUGCAUCUACACCAAUACAUUAUACUACAUCUACAUCUACACUAA